AUGCUGAGACUUUGUGUAAGUGUGGCAACAAUACAGCAUCUGAUGGGAAUGAAGAUUAGACCAUGCUUCAGCUUACACAGGAAACUGGCAAGUUUUCAUCGUGCAGUGGGUGCAGUACGGUGGAGGAGCAGCUGGAGACCAGCCCCUCUGUUGACAGCUGCUCCUGUUCGUGCUCUCAUUGACGAACAGAUCAGCAUUAAAGGACACUUCCUGCCCCCGAGCAGUCCAGUUACAGUGUGUGCACGAAUGCACAGUGAGGAUGGUGACCUGUGGGAGGCCUCCGCACAUUAUAAUACAAAUGCAGAUGGCACUGUGAACUUGACCAGGGAUCAUUCUAUUGGGGGAUCAUAUUUGGGCUGUGAGCCAAUGGGACUCUUCUGGGGACUGCAGCCGGCUCCUGGAGCACGAGAAGGUUUGAGAUUGCGGAAAAAAUAUGUGGACACUCCAUACGUGGUGCACAUUUCUGUACUGGAUGGGCAUGUGUCACCCAGUAAGGCACAGGGUGCUGAGCUGGCAGCUGUAACUGCUGAGCGCUGGUACAUGGCACCAGGCGUAAGGAGAAUAGAGAUUCGUCAAAACACACUUGUAGGGACGUUAUUCUUACCCCCUGGUCCAGGUCCAUUUCCUGCCAUGUUGGACCUGUGGGGAAUGGGUGGAGGACUGGUGGAGUACCGCUCUGCUCUGUUUGCAUCCAGAGGCUACGCCAGCUUUUCUCUCGCCUACAUAGGGCACAAAGAAUUACCUGGCCCACGGAACUGCCUCAAUGUUGAUGAUUCAUAUUUCAAGUCAGCCUUCCACCUGCUGCAAGAUCAUCAUCAGGUCUGUGCCGACAGAGUUGGGAUGAUCGGUCUGUCGUAUGGAGUCUACCUGGCUCUUCGAACUGCCACUCAGACUGGUGUCAAACCCUCCUGUUUGAUUUGUAUCAAUGGACCAGUGGGAAGUACCAUCAAGCUCUCAGAUGCAGACGGCAGGACUGAAAACAUUGAAAGUUUUAUUAACAAUAAAUACUGGGAGAAUGAUGACCAAGGCCAUGUCACUUUCAAAGAAUUCUCCUCGCCUGCUAAUCUUGACCCUGAGAGCAAAGUGAAGAUCGAGAACAUCACUUGCCCAUUACUGUACAUAGAGGGAGAAGAUGACCUGAAUGCUUCAAGCACAGAAAAUGCCAACCUGAUCGAGGAAACCCUGAGGGCUGCAGAUAAAUCUCACCUGUUCACUCGCUUGUCGUACCCCGGUGCUGGUCACCUGAUUGAACCGCCUUACUUGCCAAAUUCAAGAAUGUCCUUAUGGAGAGUCAAACCAGAAAAAAUGUUCACUCUGUGGGGAGGUCAUCUCGCACCCCAUGCUGCAGCACAGGAAGACUCCUGGAAGAAGAUGCUACAUUUUAUGGAAAACAAUCUGAGACGGUGA